ACACUACAUUACCAAGCCAAAAAGAAAGGAAGAUAAAAUAAAGGAAUUUGUGAGAACAAUAAAACAAAAGUCCUAAGAAAUGCAGGGUUUAAGUCUCAAAGAAACGCCUGUCCCCUCACAUUCUCUCUCUCCGGCAUUCUCCUAACGCCUGGUUGUCGUCGUCGUCGUUGGCCAUUUCAUCGAUUUUACGGUUCUAAUGUUACUGAUUUUCAUCACUACUAUUUACGUGUAAUCAAAGCACCCAACGAAGAAUAUAAAGCAGAAAUGUUCCCAAAUCUUAUUCCAAAAUCAUGACUCUAUGCCCACCCUCCAAAGAAUGAGCAAAAGAUUGCUGGGAUUGACUCUAAACAAGUCAUUUCCACUGCUUUCUAAAUCUUUUUCAGACCCUAAAUUUCACCCCCAUUCAUUCAUCUGCUGCCAAAUCCGUUCAAUUCCCUUCAUCUACACCCCCUUCAAGUUCUUCUGCAGCAGCAGCCAUGAAGAAACAAUUUCCAGCGAAGAAUUCACACUCUUACGUGACUGCUGUUUGGGCGUUUCAGAUUCUUCAUUGCUGGAAUCAAGGCAAGGUAAGUUCUCAGCUGAAGCUGUAUUUAUCUCAGGUGCAAUAAAUGAGAGUAACAAUGUGUUUGAAUCCAAAACCCAGAAUACUCUUCGGAAGUUUAGGGACAAGUUGAGUGAAGCUUUAGUUAUUGAUGUGUUAAAACUUGUUAAAAACCCUCAGUUGAGUGUUCAAUUUUUCUUAUGGGCUGGGCAACAAGUUGGGUACAAUCAUACUACUCCGGUUUUCGAUUCGCUUUUGGAUGUAAUGGGGUGUGAUCAGAAUGAUAGGAUACCCAAGCACUUUCUGCAAGAACUUCAGGAUGAUGAUAGGGAGGUGCUGGGGAAAUUGCUUAAUUGUUUGGUUAGGAAGUGUUGCCGUAAUGGGAGGUGGAAUGUGGCCUUAGAGGAGUUUGGGAGGUUGAAGGAUUUUGGUUAUAAACCAUCGAGGUUCACGUAUAAUGCUCUUGUUCAUGUGUUUCUGGAAGCUGGUAGGUUAGACACUGCCUGCUUACUUCAUAUAGAGAUGUCAAAUGUUGGGUUUAAAUUGGAUAACUCUACGUUGAGAUUUUUUGCAUAUGCUCUGUGUAAGGAUGGAAAGUGGAGAGAAGCCCUUGACUUAGUAGAAAAGGAAGAGUUCAUCCCUGACACUAAACUUUACACAGCAAUGAUAUCUGGUUUAUGUGAAGCUUCUCUUUUCGAUGAAGCCAUGGAUUUCUUGAACAAAAUGAGAUGUAGCUCUUCAUUACCCAAUGUUUUGACAUAUAGGAUUUUGCUGUCUGGGUGUUUGAAGAAAAGGCAGCUGGGUAGGUGUAAGAAAAUAUUGAGCAUGAUGAUUGCAGAAGGCUGUUACCCUAAUCGCAAAUUAUUUAAUUCACUUAUUCAUAUAUAUUGUACUUCAAGAGACUAUUCAUAUGCUUAUAAUUUGAUCAAGAAUAUGGAAAAUUGUGGUUGCCCACCUGGUUACCUGGUAUAUAACAUAUUAAUUGGCGGAAUUUGUAGUAAAGAGGAGUUACCAAGCUCAUACGAGUUAGAUUUGGCAGAGAAAGCUUAUGCUGAAAUGAUUGACCUGGGGUCGGUGUUAAACAAGGUCAAUGUCAGCAGCUUUUCCAGGUGUCUUUGUGAAGCUGGAAAGUUUGACAAAGCAUUUAAUGUCAUCCGAGAAAUGAUGAGUAAAGGUUUUGUGCCUGAUUGUAGUACAUACUCCAAAGUAAUUGAAUUUCUCUGCAAUAGUGCGCAGGUGGAAAAAGCUUUUUUGCUAUUUGAUGAAAUGAAGAGAUCAGGUAUUGCUCCAAAUGUAUAUACUUAUACUAUCUUGAUUGAUGGUUUCUGUAAAGCUGGCCUUAUUACUCAAGCACGUAAAUGGUUCAACGAAAUGGUUCUGGAUGGCUGUUCCCCUAAUGUGGUGACCUACACUGCCCUAAUUCAUGCAUACCUUAAAGUACGCAGGAUAGGUGAAGCCAAUGAACUUUUUGAGAUUAUGUUGAAAGAUGGAUGCAAACCGAAUGUUGUGACUUAUACUGCUUUAAUUGAUGGUUAUUGUAAAUCCGGAAAUGUUGACAAAGCUUGCCAAAUUUAUGCUAGGCUGAGAGGACAGGAUAAUCUACCAGAUGUAGAUAUGUAUUUCAAGGUAAAUUCUUCUGAGAUGAGUGUGCCAAAUGUUUUUACUUAUGGAGCCUUGGUAGAUGGGUUGUGCAAAGCGCACAAGGUAACAGAUGCUCAGAAUUUAUUGGAUGCAAUGCUUGCAGAUGGUUGUGAGCCAAACCACAUUGUCUAUGAUGCCUUGAUUGAUGGAUUUUGCAAGGUGGGGGAGCUAGAUAAUGCACAAGAGGUGUUUACUAAAAUGUCUGAACGUGGAUAUAGUCCUAAUAUAUACACCUACGCCUCUUUUAUUGAUAAGAUGUUCAAAGAUAAGAGGACGGAUCUUGCUUUGAAGAUCUUAUCCAAGAUGCUGGAAAAUAAUUGUGCUCCUAAUGUUGUAAUUUACACUGAGAUGAUUGAUGGGUUGUGUAAAUCGCAAAAGACCGAUGAAGCUCACAAGCUUAUGUUGAUGAUGGACGAAAAGGGCUGUCGUCCUAAUGUUGUGACUUAUACUGCAAUGAUUGAUGGAUUUGGGAAAGUUGGUAAAAUUGAAAGAUGCCUUGAGCUGUUCAACUUGAUGCAUGAGAAGGGCUGCGCUCCAAACUAUGUGACCUAUAGGGUUUUGAUAAAUCAUUGUUGCUCUUUUGGGCUUCUAGAUAAGGCUCACCGCCUUCUGGAGGAGAUGAAACAUACAUAUUGGCCUAUGCAUGUCGCAAGCUAUCAGAAAGUCAUUGAGGGAUUCAACCAAGAAUUCAUUGUUUCCCUGGGCCUCCUAGACGUGUUAAGUGAUAAUGAGCUCGUGCCUGUUGCUCCUGUUUACAAAGUUCUAAUCGAUAGCUUUUGUAAGGCAGGAAGACUUGAUAUGGCUGUACAAUUGUGUAAAGAGAUGUCAACAUUUGCCUCCAUUCAUACAAUGACAUCUGUUUAUUCCUCUCUGAUUAAGAGUCUGUGUCUUGCAUCUAAAGUUAGUGAAGGUUUUGAGUUGUUUGCUGACAUGACAAAGAAUGGAGGAGUUCCAGAGCCAAGCACAUUUUCCCACCUUAUUAUAGGGCUCAUUAAACUUGAUCGCUGGGAAGAAGCACUUCAAAUUUCUCAUAGUGCAUGCAUGAUGGGUCUAAAGUGGAUCCCUGUUGGGGAUGUGGCUGAAAGAAAAUAACAGCUGCUACUUGUAUUGCUCAAGGAAGAGUGAGAAAAGGUGAGGAUGAUGGUGGUGGAAACUGGAAGGGAAAAAGAUUAGAGAGGUGUCAUUUCUUUUGUAACCAAACAAUGUAUCAGCUUUCCUCUCUAAGUUCCUCUUCUCUUGUUCCUUUGCUUGCUUCCUUUCCAUUUCUCUUGCAUGAACCAAACCACUGGUGCCAAUUAUAGGGCUCAGCCAAGAAGCCCAAGACCUUGAAAGCAAUGAAGCAAGGUUCAGACUUUCUCAUUUAUCCAGAUCGGAGGGAAUCACAAGAGAUAGCUAUGUUCUUUAAAGGCCAGAAGCUCAUCACCCCAUCAGCUUAUGAAUUUAUUCAAUCAGAGGGUACAAGGGACUAUUAGUAGUCCACAGUGGAAACCUAGUGUUCGUCAGAAGCAGCUAGCGAUUGACUAAAGCUGGUAGUAAUGCUUUUGACAUAAUUGACUCUGUGCUUGAGGGGAUACAUUGCAAAGAUAGAUGUUAUAUCCGUCUCCUCAUAUUCUGCUAUCUUUAUAAGGAAUUUUGAGAUCCUUGAUUGCAUGAUAUACAGCACUAUCCUGAAUCUAAGGAGCAAGAAUGACCCCUGUUUACUGGGCUUCCUUUGUUGAAUAGCUGGCUGCACUUGUCUCAAGUAGUUCUGCUGCAUUUACUCAUAGAAUUCAGCAAUGUUGAUCAGAUAAUCUUCACCAAGCAGGACUUGAGGCAUGAAAGAGGUAUGAGUAUAUAUCCUCUAACAAUUGGAACCAUAGCCUGCAGUAUGCAAAAUGUUCCUAAGCUUUUUUCUUAAUUAUUAAUUGGUCGUACUGUUUGUACAUUUCCCUUCUAUAAUUGUCAAUGUGAUUAUGUGACACAGAGGAUUUGUUCUCCGUAGAAUAUUUUCUACCUAACCAGUAACGACUAUGUUGUCAUACAUGUCUACCUCAAUAAUUUUUUGCAUGUGAACUAAGAAAAUUCAUUCGUCAGACUAAACUUUUUCAACUUUUCCUCCCUCUCCUUUUCUCAAUGUCAGGAUUCUUGGUUAUGAGAUCUACAUAAUAAUGUUUCUUGUCCCCAAAUGAUUUUUGUCCCACUGAAAACUGUAUAUAUUGAAUAUAAUAGUUAAAGAAGAGAAUUAUCAACUACUAGACAUAACAAUGCUCUUUUAUAUGUCAUUACUUUGUACCUAAGGGAGUUUAGACCACACUCCAUAUGUUCAGCAAAUGUACAUUUUCCGCUAUAUAUAUAUGUUGCAUUUAGAUUAGACGUAUAGAAUUUGACUAAAGCUUCUCUUUCUUUGACAGGGGGUGGGGUGUAAGCUGAAACAAAGUUUAGUAUUCCUCUUUAUCGUCUGUUGCCAUUAUUCUGUGAUUGCUGUUAUACAUACAUCUUAGCUAUUACAUGUUUGCUGAUCAUCUACUUUCAAUAUACCUUGACUGGUUAUGUUAUUUUCAUUCCUCUUGCUAUAUAAAAGAUGUCAAAUUCCCAAAGUGAUUGGUUCAUGUGCUGGUCCUAGAGAAAGCUGAACAAGCCUUGGCACGUAGAAGUGUAACUAUGAAUAGAAUGCAACAGCCACCAGAGAGAAAAAGGCCAUUUAUGAUAGCUUUGAACUCAAACAGUAAUAUGAAAGACACGUGUAGCAGGAUCUGACAAGGGCAGCUAGCUGUUCAGGUGAGCCAGUUUAUACUGUAACUGGAGUCUCUCGAUUCAAAACGUGGAACUUUUGAACAAUUUCUAUAGAUGAAGCUUCGGGUAGUUCAGAUGAAUCUUCUUGUUGAUACAAAUUCUGAGAGGUCUAAAUUAGACAUAAAGCUGGAAACAGAAUCAGUGUGAAUGAGAAUGUUGCAUCUCUGAUGCAUUUUCACAACCAAGCUGAAAAUGUCUGGAAAAUUCACUCAAGAGAUAUUGGUACGGGUUUCGGCUUUCAUUAUUUAUCAGCAUACACAACUUUCGUGUCAAAAGUGAGGAUGAAGCAAUCUCGAAGAUGGGUUACAUUUUAAAUUUAUUAUUUUUAUAUGGAGGGCAGUUUAAGUUCAAAUAAAUUCACAGAAGUGAAAUUUAGGUGAUAAAAAGUCCUAAUUUAUUUGUUCCUUUUAUCUCUGUCUGAUCUUUCCAGCGAGCAAAUUAUUGAAGAUUCGUAUAUCUUGCAACUCAGAGAAGUUAGGGUUGUGGCAGCUGUGACCUUAAAACCUGCGUACUGGACGUGGAAGGGAGAUGGAAUAACUGUCGUGCCAAACUACAAAAGUCAAGAUGGUUACAGAGACUCUCUUUGUCUAUCUGCUGAUCUAAUGUCACGGCAGCUUUGGGUUUUCCGUAGAGUCAGGUUGAUGAUCUGUAGUCUGUAGUACAGAAAAUUUACAUGUUCCUUUGAGCUUGUUCGUUGAACACAUCAAAUUCAAAGGGUCUCCUAUCCAGUAUUGCAGAUCCAUGGGACCUAGUGGAUGAAGUUAGCAUUAUUGUAAAAUCAAAUAGGCCAUUGUACAACUGUCCUUACAGCUUACACCAAUUUAAACCCGAGUUUGCUAAUAUCUUGAACAUUUGUGAAUAGGCAGGGACAAUAAAAUCUUUCUAGCAUGAGUUCAGAUUCAAUUUUGUUAAUAUGCCUUAAAAUUUUCAAAGUCUUGUUCACUGCACCUCAAAAAAAGAAAGGAAAUUUGACUA